UAUGAGAGUUGAGUUGAAAUGAAAACAUUUUGAACCAACCAAACAUUGAACAGGUUUAAAGCAAGACAAAAAAAACUGAAGUGAAGGUAGACAAAAUAGAAAUGUAAACCGUGAUUGAACAAUUCAGUAACUGUUACCGUUAUUUGUUAUAAAUAUUGUUCUUCCCAAUUUCCUUUGUGGCGUUUUGGAGAGUGUUCUUCUCUUGCCUUCUCCCAAACCCAAACAUAGGAGGAGUGAGGAGAGCAAGAACAAUGUCAUUGAAAAUCAAGGUUGGAGGUGUUGAAUUGGGAGCAAGGACUGUCAUUCACAGGAAAUGGGUUCUUUUGCUUUGUUUGGCAAGCUUCUGUGCUGGAAUGUUCUUCACUAAUAGGAUGUGGUCGAUGUCUGAAUAUAAAGAAAUUUCAAGGACCUCUAGAGAAAUCGAACGAAUAAAAUUAAACUCCGACGGUUGUAAUCUAAACUUAGUUGUAAAGCCUAGCUCCAAUUAUAGUAAAGUGGAAGUUUCAAAUACCCAGAAUGUUAUCAAGAAAUCGAGAAACACAGAGACAGUUAGCUCAACUCCAAGGAAAAAAUGUUUCAUGGUUAUAGGGAUCAAUACAGCUUUUAGUAGCAGGAAACGAAGAGAUUCUGUUCGAGAAACUUGGAUGCCACAAGUGGAGGAUAGAAAGAAGUUGGAGGAAGAAAAGGGCAUAAUCAUACGUUUCGUUAUAGGUCACAGUUCUACAUCAGGUGGCAUUCUUGACAAAGCUAUUGGAGCAGAGGAGAAGCUUCAUAAUGACUUUUUGAGGCUGAACCACGUCGAGGGAUACCUCGAACUAUCAGCUAAAACUAAAACCUACUUUUCAACUGCUGUUGCCCUGUGGGAUGCCGAAUUUUAUGUCAAAGUUGAUGAUGAUGUUCAUGUGAAUUUAGCAACACUUGCGUUGAUUCUGACUAUGCACCGUCUGAAACCUCGAGUGUACAUUGGGUGCAUGAAAUCUGGUCCUGUCCUUGCUCAGAAGGGAGUUAAAUACCAUGAACCAGAAUACUGGAAGUUUGGUGAGGUUGGAAACAAGUACUUUCGCCAUGCUACCGGACAGUUAUAUGCCAUUUCACAAGAUUUGGCAACUUAUAUAUCAACAAAUCAGGAUGUGCUGCAUAAAUAUGCCAAUGAAGAUGUUUCAUUGGGAUCAUGGUUCAUUGGUUUAGAUGUGGAUCAUGUUGAUGAUAGGAGAAUGUGUUGUGGCACACCCCCUGAUUGUGAGUGGAAGGCUCAGGCUGGUAAUAUAUGUGCUGCUUCAUUUGAUUGGAAAUGCAGCGGGAUUUGCCGGUCUGUUGAGAGGAUGCAGGACGUUCACCUGCGUUGUGGAGAGGACGAAAAUGCAUUGUGGAGUUCAACUUUCCGAUAGGUCGCAACUUAACAAGCACAUGAACACAAACUCGAAAGAGUUUACAUAUGAAAGGCGCAUGCUAUGUAAACAAGUAGUAGAAGACUUGGUGCCUGGGAGCCCUUCUUUUUCAAAACUGAGGAGAAUGAGAAAACCACACUUCGGUCGACGAGAUCGAACAAGUAGAAGAGUACAGUCGCAACUCGCAACCAACCCAUUCUUUUGUUAAUUGACCGAAGGGCUUUGUUCUCUGCCAUGUCUAAAGUUUCAUAGUAAUUAGUUAGUUAGUUAUCAUUAUGUUCAACUUUUUAUUUUGAUUUAACAUAUGUCCAACUUUUUUGUCUUUCCCUUAAAUUUUUAAUAUAAUUUUAGUUGUUUCUCAUGAUUGUGUAAAAUAUCAGAUUUGACAGAAACAUAAACCAGAAGUUUGGAACUUGUAGAGAAAUAAUUUGAGAGAUUAAAAUUGAAGGGAAAUUAUUUGUUUCA